UUGCUGCUGCUGUUUGGCCUUGCGGAGCGAGCCCUGUCUCUGACUUCAUAGGCAUUUAACAAUGGACCCCCAGGAGGACGACAUGCAACCCCCAAAACAGCAGCCAAUGAUAUAUAUCGGCGGAGAAUGUAACACAGAAAAUGAAAUAAAAUCCAGGGAUCCAAUCAGAUGCAGAGAAUGUGGAUACAGAAUAAUGUACAAGAAAAGGACUAAAAGAUUUCAACCACCACCACCACCCCACCCCCACAUUUCUGACAUAGUCUGCUCUAAGGGAGAAAGAUGA